GUGCGAGCGACCGGAAACAAGGACGAUGGCUCCUGACUCUAACAUAAACGUCGCCACAUGUGCCAGUCUGUCGGCUCUGCUACGGUAUCUCAAGAUCUCAAUUCUCACACCCCUUCCAUGGCCCUUUCUACGAAUUAAUUUCGAAGCCGAAAAUCCCAAUUUCCCGGUCCACGUCGCUCUCGCCAAGGUAGUCCCAUAUACGUUCGGCUCCGUAUCCUUCGAUAUAAACUCACAACCCAGAUCGCAAUCGUUCACUAUAUUGAAAACGCCACAUCGCCACUGCUAAGAAGAUGAAGAAGAUAUCGCCCUUCUCAGGCCUUCAGGCCAUCAUGCGAAAGAUGACAGGGCCGCUGUUCGCAUGCUGUUUCAUCACUGCCAUGUUGAACAUGCUCUUCGGCUUCGACACCACAAGUUUCGCGGGAGUACAAAGCAUCCCAGCUUUCGCAAGGAAAUUCGGUACCCCCCAACAAAACGGGACUUACAAGCUUUCUGGAUCAAGGGCAUCGUUCAUGAGCUCGGUCGGCUUUGCAGGAAAGUUUCUAGGCACGCUGACGUGCCCCUUGUACCUGGAGUCCAUCGGCCAUAGAUACACGAUCUGGGUUCUCUGCACUAUCAGCUUCAUCGGCAUCAUUACCGAGUGUACGGCACACUCGGUCGCGCAGUUCGUGGUUGGGAGAGUCAUCGUCUAUUAUAGUGUCGGGCUAGCAGAAAAUACCUCUACGACGUACCAGUCAGAGAUCGUACCUGCGGGUAUGCGCGGCGCUGUCGUGGGCUCUAUCCAGCUCUUCAUCCAGCAUGGGCAAAUUAUGGCUGCAGGAGUCAAUAACAGGUUUUCCAAGUCCACGGAAGAUAGUGGCUGGAUCAUUCCCGUAGCGAUACAGGCAGUCGUCCCUGCCAUCGUCCUGCUAGCACCGUUCAUCAUGCCGUCCGGCCCGCGUUGGCUGAUUAGCAAAGGGCGCAAAGCGGACGCCGUUAAUUCACUGGAGCGGGUACGACCGAAGGAGGACGUCGCUGCUGGAAAGUGCCAGGAGGAGGUAGACGCUAUCGAGGAAGCUCUUCACACCAAGGUCGAGAAGGAGCCUUGGCUCGAUUUAUUUAGGGAGACGAAUCUCAGGCGAACCGAGAUCGCGAUGGUAGUUUUCAUCCUCCAGCAGUUCACUGGCCAGGGCUUUGUAUCCCAGUACUCUCCCCGCUUCUACCAGACCGUCGGCCUCGGCUCAAAAGGGUUUCAAUACAACAUCGCCUCCGCAGUCGUCGCCUGGGCCGGUGUUCUAAUCGGCAUGACACUCUUCGACUCGGUCGGUCGACGCAACAUGCUUGUCUGGGGUGCCGUGCUGCAAGCAGUCUUCCUCUUCGCCAUGGCGGGCAUUGGCCUUAAGAAGAACCCUACCUCGGCCGACGCUCAUGGCCUCGUUGCCACCGUUAUGCUCUUCAACUUCUUCUUUAGUAGCACAUGGGCGCCCAUCGCGUACGUCAUCGGCUCCGAGAUAGGCACCGGUGCCCUGCGCGAGAAGACUAUGUCAUUUACCAGCACCGUCAACGUCGUCGCCGCAUGGCUCGUCGCGUUCACGGUCCCGUAUCUGCUCGAUGAUAUUGGCGCGAAUAUUGGCUGGAUCUUUGGUGGCUUCUCGAUCAUCGCUACGUUUUAUGCGUACUUCCGCGUUCCUGAAAUUAGUGGGCGCUCGCUUGAGGAGCUGGACGAGCUGUUUGAGAGACGCGUCCCGGCGCGCCAGUUUGCGAGUGCAGAGACGCAUGGUGCAGCGCAUCGGAUUGCGGAGCUAGAGAAUAUAGGGGCUAGACGCGGUGCAAGGACGGCCGUCAGUGAGGAGCAGCUUUUGGAUGUUGAAGGGGUGAGGGUCGAUGAGGAUAAGGCGGGGCAGAACUUCGUCGAGCGGACUAAGUAG